AUGGAUUUACGCGUUUGUGAAUAUCGUCUGGUCAAGAAAAUCGGAGCUGGCUCAUUCAGUGAAGUUUACCUUGGAGUGCAUCUCAUCACCGAUGAGGAGGUUGCUGUCAAGCUUGAACCUUGCAGAGAAAAACAUUAUCAGAUCGAUCAUGAAGCCCAUGUCUACAAACUUUUGGCUGAUGGGGUCGAAUGUAAAUACAGCGCUAUGGUGAUUGAGUUACUUGGCCCUAGCUUGGAAGACCUGUUCAACUUCUGCAAACACAAGUUCAGUCUCAAGACAACUUUGCUCCUCGCCGAUCAAUUGCUCUAUCGACUCAAGUACGUUCACUUGCACAAUUUCAUCCAUCGUGACAUCAAGCCCGACAAUUUCCUUAUGGGGAUCUCUAAGCGUGCAAACCAAGGUGUUGAACAAUCUUGUCGCGAUGAUAUGGAAUCACUCGCAUAUAUGCUCAUUUGCUUUCUCCGAGGGAGCUUACCGUGGCAAGGAAUCAGAGGCGCAACCAAGAUUCAAAAGUAUGACCGGAUCAUGGAGAAGAAGAUGACAACUCCCAUUGAAUUCCUUGGUCGAGGAUUGCUGCAAGAAUUUGUGAUUUUUCUCAAGUAUACACGCUGUUUGAGGUUCGAUGACAAGCCAGAUUACAACUAUCUUUGCAGCCUCUUCCGUUCCUCAUUUGUUCAAGAGGGCUAUUCGUACGACUACGUCUUUGAUUGGUCCCUCAAAACUCCCAACGGCGACGCUUCUUGUGUGCCGACCAGGGAGCAAAUAGCGGCCCAGGAGCCCACUGUCCCCUGA